AGAGACCAUCGUAUCAGCGUUAAUAACUCUGUCGAAUGUCAGCUUAGACACAGUCUAUAAGGAUAUGGUUACACAGGCUCAGCAGGAAAUAACUUUACAGCAGAUAAUGGCGCAUUUGGACUCCAUUCGAAAAGAUAUGGUCAUCCUGGAGAAAAGUGAAUUUGCAAACUUGAGAGCAGAGAAUGAGAAAAUGAAAAUUGAAUUAGAUCAAGUUAAACAGCAGCUAAUGAAUGAAACCGGUAAAAUCCGAGCUGACAGCAAGCUAGACAUAAACCUGGAAAGGAGCAGAGUGACAGAUAUGUUUACAGAUCAGGAGAGGAAACUGAUGGAAGCAACUACAGAGUUUCAUAAAAAAGAUUCAAGUACCAACAGUGUUAUCUCAGAAAUCAGUAAUAAAAUUGACACUGAAAUUGCUUCCUUAAAAACGCUCAUGGAAUCAAAUAAACUCGAUACAAUACGUUAUUUGGCAGCUUCGGUGUUCACUUGCUUAGCAAUAGCACUGGGAUUUUACAGGUUCUGGAAAUAGAUCUAAAUGGAAUGACUGCAUCAAAUACAGGCGGAGAAAAGGCCACCCAGGCAACAUCAGUUCGAUGAUGAUGUUUGCGCCGUAGAUAACCUUGGAUCUGGCUUGUAACACGGAAAUACUCAGCAUCUCAGUGGUGCCAGCGUGGUGGUGGUCAUCCUCCUCCCAUCUCCAUGCUCCUCCGGACUGUUUUGUAAUCCUGUGGGACACACUGACACUCCUAACUUCUGGUGAUGACCCCUCUACCUUCUGCAAGGACUUCACAACUCUUGUUGCAGAGAUGGGACAUAGCAGGUGGAUGCCUUCCAAAACUGAAGCAGUUACACCUUGUUGAGUACAAAUGCAUAUGCUUGGUCUGAUUCUUUUAAUAAAAUAAUAAUUAAAAAAAAAAAUCUUCCUGGAUUAAACUUUUAAGUAAAAGCAGGCCCUUUAUGGGCUAAAGAGUAUGUAGUACCGAUUAGUGGCAAUUUUUUUUUUAUUGCAGUUUUAGUCUGUUUACAGUUGAACUUGCUGGUAUCCUGCCAAUUCUUAUAUUCUGUGCAUUAAAUUAUUUAUCAUCUUCAUUUAAGAAAAUAAAAUGGAUUUCUUAUAUUUGCUAUCUGACUAUCUGAGAAACUUGAAUACAGAUUACCAGACUGUAAAAAUGUGGCUUUUACAAUGGGCACAGUGCUAUUACAGCGGGAGUUGAGGCCGCUUU